AUGGCGCCCCUCAACACCCUGAGUCUCGACUGCCUGCCGUCUCUGCAUAGACAGCGUCUCUUCUCCGAGUUCGCUGGCCUCAGGCAGGCAUGCCCAGAAGGCGUCUUCGUCACCUUGACUCCCGGUGAUCCUACUGUGUGGUCCGCAGUUCUGUUUGUUCGCCAUGGCCCCUACGCACAGGCAGUGCUUCGCUUCCAAAUAUCGUUUCCCGACUCCUACCCUAAGCUGCCGCCUCUCGUAACCUUCUCUACCGACAUGUUCCAUCCGUUAAUAUCGCCACUCACCACCUACAUGUACACCACCGACAUCCAAGACAACGGAACCGUCAGCGCCAGAGAUGAGGAGCGCCUGCGCCCCGGCGGCUUCAGCCUCCGCCAUGGCUUUCCAGAGUGGUUCGGGCGAGGCAGGCGGGCGCGGUCCGGGAGCAGACAGGUGAGCGGCGAGCAGCCUCGCGGUCCGGCUUCGGCGCAGAUCAGCCGAGCGCCGUCGAGUGCAGGCUCACCCGCGUCCGACGCCGAAGGCUUGUCAAGUCACCCGCCAACAGGAAGGCAAGACCUCUCCAUCUACCACAUCCUGAGGUAUAUACGAAGCACCUUUGACUCGGAAGAUGUCCUCGACUCAGUCCCACUCGAGGCGGCGGGAAAUCCCGGGGCCUGGCACGCGUGGCGAACCCAUCGCCGCAGCUCGGGCGAUGCCGAGUCGGGACAACCCCCCCCCCAGGCACCUCCCGCAGCGGCUCGGCAGUCAGGAGAGUGGAACUGGGACGGUGUAUGGGAGGAUAGAGUGAAGAAGGGAAUCGCCGUGAGCCUGUCAGAUCCCGUCUUAUUUGGUGGCAGCGGGCCAGAUGAGCUGAUCCGAUUCCUUGCGAUGGAGGAGAAUGACAUCGCCUCUGUCAGAGAAAGCAUAUGCCGCACUCUUGACAACGAGGCAUAG